UUUCCACACAAAUCAUCUCUCGCAUGCCCUCUCAUUGCACUGAUCUCAGCUAGACAGUAAGAAUGGCGAAGAGAGGAAUCUCUGGCUGUAAUUUUGAUGGUGGAUUUAGCUCACUGAUUUAUGAAGAGUCCUUAGAUGAUGAGGCGCAUCCCUCUAACUUCAACUCUAACCAAGACAGGCAACCAGUGUUGACACCUCGGAGAAACUGCAGACUGGCUGAAGUAAGUCUAGCACUACUAGCUGCUGUUCUUCUACUGAUUGACAUCGGCCUGGGGGUCCACUACAACAAACUCACAGAUACCUACCUCAAACUUAAUGAGACAGAACACAUCAGCAACGAGUUGGCCCAACUCGAGGGUACUUACAAGACUGCAGUUGAAUCCACGAAGGGAGCCAAGAAGCAGCUGGACAGUGAGAUAGGUCGUCAGACACCAACCAACUGGGAGCUUGAACACCAGACAAGAAGAAGCAAAAACUAUGAAGAGCAGGUUGUGAAAUUGACUAAGGACAGUGCAGCACUGAGACGCGACAUAACAAUGAUGAGUGAUGGCUGCAAACACUGUGCACCAGGGUGGAUUUUGAUGAACUCAGUGUGUUACUACUUCCCCUUCUCUGACCGUGAUGGAUUGAAAUCAUGGCAAACAGCCAGACAGUACUGCCAGAUGUAUGGAGGUGACCUUGCAGUUAUAGACAGCAAGGAAAAAGAGAAUGCAACUGUUAACCACUUAAUAAAUAACAAACACAACUUCGGUAAUGACAUGGGAUUCUGGAUUGGACUGAAAUAUUUCCCCACCGAAGGGACUUGGAAAUGGCUGGAAGAAACAGUACUCGUUGAAGGGUACUGGAAUGAUGGAGAACCAAAUAGUAACAAAGAUGACCAGAAGUACUGCGCAGUUGUGAAUGCCAGAGAAAACUUCUUCAAGGGUUGGGAUGAUGUUAUGUGUACAAUAAAGCAAAAAUGGAUUUGUGAAAAAGCACUGACCUCUACGGGUUAACGCUUAAUAUUUACUGCAUUUGCUUACAAGCUCAGCUGUUUGCAGAAAGAGUUAAAGUCAGCUCAGAGACUUUUAGACAUCUUAUGAAAUUUCUGUAAUGAAAAACAUAAUCUUAGCCAAAUGAGACCUUUGAUUAUGUAUAUGCAUGUAUAUGCAUAUACUAUUAUACAUAUCUCUGUCAGCAGAAUGUAAUAAACUUGUAGCACUUUACUUAAGUACCCCUACUACGCAUUUAUAAGCAGUAAACCUUCCAUAAAUGGCUUAUAACAUAAUAUAAUGUAGUUGUACGCAGCUGAAACAACAUUUUAAGGGCGACUUCAAGUAAAAGGUAAAAAAAAAAUUUAAGGUCAGUACCCUCAAGUAAAUACUAUUUGCAAAUUAUAGGAAAAUUGUUGUUAAUCGUAAGAGGCAUAUUGCUAGCAUAACAUUAUGUACAAAAAUAGUUGCUGUAUACCAAGAUGGCUCUGAAAAAUUCUAUAUGAUUCUCACUUUGUUGAUAAAACUUCACUUAACUUCUGUACUGUAUGAUAGUCUUUUUUGUGAUUUUCCACAUCUGACAAUUAAACCAACUUUUGAGCAUUUUGAUAACUUCUGUGCUGAUGGAUAACACUGCAGUGCAAAUAAGAUGGAUUUCUGAUCUAA